AUGGUUGUGUUUUUGUUCCGGGAUCCUCAUGAUAUUUGUGGUUUCCAGGAGUGGGUUCCGAACGACGAACUCUGGGAGCACAUGGAAACCGUUUUCAUGGUCUGCUACCUCUUGGAGGCAAGUAUCAAGCUCUACCUCAUGGGCUGCCGGGGCUACUUCAUGGGCCCUGAGUGGGCUUGGAACGUCUUCGACUUCAUUUGCUUGCUCUUCUCUGUGGUGGACUUCGGCAUUACCCAGGCGGUGAACAUCAUCGGCGCAAGCUCUGCGCCGAACUUGAGCUUGCUGAUGAUGAUCAAGAUGCUACGUCUCGCGCGGCUGGCCCGUCUCAUCCGCGCACUGCGGUAUCCGAUCUUCCGAGAGUUGAACAUGAUGGUCAUGGGCGUCGUCUCCGGCGUCCGAGUACUCAUUUGGGCGAUUAUACUUCUCUUCUUCACCAUUUACGUGGCGGGGGUCGCGUUGCACAGACUCUGGGGAGAUGACGACCGGCUGCCGGAGUUCGACACCCUUGAGGAGUCGAUGUUCACCCUCUUCCGGUGUUUCACCGAUGGUUGCGUCGCCUACGAUGGGCGCCCUCUACAGGAGAAGCUUCAUAGAAUCCACGGCAACGUCUUCUUCGUUUCCUACGUCCUCUUCUUUAUGCUGGUCACGGUCGGCAUCUUCAACCUCAUCAUGGCAAUCUUCAUCGACAAUGUGAUGACGAACCAGAUGGAGCGGAAGCAGAGGGUCCUAUCAGAGUCGCAAGUUGCCACUGAGAUCGACCUCAAGGAGGAGCUGUGCAGGCUUCUGGGGAAGAGGAGCAAGUCAAACCACAUCCCUGCCGGGUGUGUGGCGGAGAUAGAGUCCCUGGAGACAGCCGGCCUUAGCCGCAAGGCCAAAGUCCGCGCGCAGUUCGAGUGCAUCCGCAGUGCCGAUGUGGUCAUCAGCAGGGAUGCGUUUUUAGUGUGGCUCGCCGAUCCCGAGUUCAUUUCUGUCCUCGAAGAAGCCGACAUCGAUGUCACCAACAAAUCCAUGCUCUUCGACAUUAUGGACGCAGACAUGGGCGGCUCUCUCAGCACCGAGGAGGUAUUCCGCGGCUUGAUGCAGCUGCGAGGGCCGGUUUCCAAGGGCGACAUCAUCGGCAUGAGUCUUCGCGUUACCCACAUCGCUCAUCUCGUCCAGGGUUGGACCAACAACGCCUUCGGCAAUGCAGGGCAGAACCUGGAAUCUCAGCGCCGAAUCUCCUAUUACUCAAACGUUUCGGAGAUGGCCAACCAGAAGGUCUGA